AUGGAGGAGAAUGACCCCAAGCCCAGCGAAGCGGCGGCGGCGGCGGUGGAGGGGCAGCGGCAGCCGGAAUCCAGCCCCAGCGGCGGCUCGGGCGGCGGCGGCGGCAGCAGCCCGGGCGACGCGGACACUGGCCGCCGGCGGGCUCUGAUGCUGCCCGCGGUCCUGCAGGCGCCGGGCAACCACCAGCAUCCACACCGCAUUACCAACUUCUUCAUCGACAACAUCCUGCGGCCCGAGUUCGGCCGGAGAAAGGACGCGGGGACGUGCUGUGCCGGCUCCGGAAGAGGCAGAGGCGGCGGAGGCGGCGGCGAAGGCGGCGCGGGCGGCGCGGAGGGAAGCGGCGGCGCGGGCGGCGCCGAGCAGCUCCUGGGGUCGGGCCGGGAGCCCCGGCAGAACGCGCCGGGUGCGCCGGGUGCGGGCGGACCGCUGCCCGGCGGUGGCAGCGGCGACUCUUCGGGUGACGGCGAAGGCGGCUCCAAGGCGCUCUCGCUGCACAGCGGCGCCAAGAAAGGCGGAGACCCCGGGGGCCCCCUGGACGGGGCGCUCAAGGCCCGCGGCUUGGGCGGCGGCGACCUGUCUGUGAGCUCAGACUCGGACAGUUCGCAGGCCAGCGCCAACCUGGGUGCGCAGCCCAUGCUCUGGCCGGCUUGGGUCUACUGCACGCGCUACUCGGACCGACCUUCUUCAGGUCCCAGGUCUCGCAAACCAAAGAAGAAGAACCCCAACAAAGAGGACAAGCGGCCCCGCACGGCCUUCACGGCGGAGCAGCUGCAGAGGCUCAAGGCCGAGUUCCAGACCAACAGGUACCUGACGGAACAGCGGCGCCAGAGCCUGGCCCAGGAGCUCAGCCUCAACGAGUCACAGAUCAAGAUUUGGUUCCAGAACAAGCGCGCCAAGAUCAAGAAGGCCACGGGCAACAAGAACACGCUGGCCGUGCACCUCAUGGCGCAGGGCCUGUACAACCACUCCACCACCGCCAAGGAGGGCAAGUCGGACAGUGAGUAG